ACGCUUCCCAUUGUCCUCCCAAAUCACACGACCCCCCUGACGACAAGCAAAGAGGCUGUGUCAUGGAUAUAUGGCACCACCCCAUGAUUCACCCACGGAAAGUGUCGCAGAAUGACAAGGUUCCCGGCUAACCCUAUAUAAUGGCACAGACUCAGUGGUCAACACAGCAGCUGAACACACGCUGACCAUCCACAUAUCUCUAUCUGAAAGAAGCAUGCAGUCGUCCAUCGCCCUUCUGUGCCUCGUACUGGUGUGUGCGCACUCCACCAUGUCCAACGCCCAGGACACCCAGGACACCCAUAUCCGCCAGGUUACCCUGAACACCCAUGUCACAACGGUCACACAGGUCACCACAACGUCACGUCAUAGGCCGUUUGUGAGUGUUAUCGUCGAUGGACUGACCAACAAGUUCAGUAAACAUCUCGCGUCUAUUUUCGACCUGGACAAGGACGACUUCAAGGACAUCCUGAAAGCUCUGGGAAAGCUGAAGUUGGCGGUAUUGAAGGCACUCCUGAAUAAAUUCUUUGAUUUGAAGGACAAGCACCACGAUUUCGGAAGCGCACAGAAUGUUCAGAGAGUGUCUCAAAUGAUGGAAUCUUUGGAGAAGAAUAUCCAACAGCGGGAUAUCUUGGAUGGACUGACCACCAAAUUCAGCAAAUAUCUGCCCUCUAUUUUCAAGCUCGAUGAGGACGACUUCAAGGACAUCCUGAAAGCUCUGGGGAAGCUGAAGUUGGCGGUACUGAAAGCACUCCUGAAUAAAUUCUUUGAUUUGAAGGACAAGCACCACGACUUUGGAAGUGGUGAAAAUUUCCAGAGGGUGUCCCUUUUGAUGGAAUCACUGGAGGAGAACAUUCAACAGCAGGAGUUAGCUAGCGGGGCGUCUACAGCUUACGUCGCCAUAACGUCAUUGGCUAUUCCUCUGCUGGCAGUUAUAGCUUAAGUUAUAAACUGAUCUGUAGUAAAAUCAUCUGUAAAA